GUGCAGGAGUAUGAAGUGCUGUUCUGAAAACUUAAUAAAUUCUUUCAUUUUGCUUUAUUUGGUUCCAUGUUGUAGUACUGGUGAUACUGGUUUAGAUUUGAUAACUUUUCACAAAUAACUCAACUAUGACAGAAGGAAGCAAAAUGAGAGUUUUCCUGUUAUCAGUGUGGAACUCUGUGCUGAUAAGAAAGACUCAUUGCUCCCACACACAGUUCUCAGUGGAGUUGUAUAUCUCUGCCCUCCUUCAACCACCAGUCAGACGUCCAAUAACACAACUCCAAAAGUAGAUGUAAUCCCAGUAAGCCACAGGUGACCUUCCAGAUUGGCUGCCCAGAUCUUCACAUUUUCCCCUCCUUUCACACACUGCCUCCCCUCCUCCUCUCUUCCCCAGGCUCCCCUUGUGGUGGUAACCCGCAGCUGAAAUAGGGCCUUUGUGGGGUGGAGGCAGCACGCUGCAGCCAGGACCUGUCACAUAGCUCUCAGCUCCACAGUGGGACCAAGGCACCUGAAUACAGACUGUGAGGGAGGGUAACAGUGUGAGUGAGAUCAAACCUAACACAAGGAAACAAGAACACUUCUCCUGUAGAGUCCGACUGACAGCUUGGGAGACUUUUGUUUUUCUUGAGUCAAAGGGAUUGGAGCUGUGUGCUGAUAGAGUGUGUGUGAAAGUACUUUGAGUUUGAAAACAAAAAAGUGCAAUGGAUAAAGAUGCUUUACAGGACUAUGAGUAUCCUGACCUGGAUCCUGUGCCAUCCAAAAUUGAACAUGAAAUAAUCCCUCCAUGUGAGCCAACAGCUGAUGACAGCCUCUACCAUAUAUGCAUCACUGCAGUAUCUCUUGUUGUCAUGCUAAUCCUAGCAGUCUUAGCCAGGCGCACAAAUGUGGGCAACAGACAGAAAGGACUCUCAGGUUUACUCAGUCCGGUCAACUUCCUGGACCAUACACAGCACAAGGGUCUGGCAGUGGCUGUGUUUGGAGUGCUCUUGUGCAAACUAUGGGGCCUGGUCGUGUCACCGAACCCCCUACCCUUCACAACAGACUCCCAGAACAAACAGAGCUGGGUAAUUCUGGGAGUCUUCUACUAUCCCGCACUUUACUACCCUCUCCUGGCAUGUGGGACCUUGCAUAAUAAAGUUGGCUAUGUGCUUGGUAGCCUCUUGUCAUGGACACACUUUAGUGUUCUGGUGUGGCAGAAACUUGACUGUCCCAAAACACCUCUGAUACACAAACACUAUUCCCUUUUCUCCAGUCUGCCCCAGAUUGCUUGCUUGGCAUUCCUUAGUUUCCAGUACCCCCUUCUUCUAUUCAAAGGUUUUAAGGGCACUGACAAGAACAAUGGUACAGAGGAUCUAAGCAGCAGCUACUAUAAAGACUAUGUGAAGAAACUGUUCAAGAAAAAGAAGCCCAGCAAAAUCAGCACAUCGAACACAGAGACACCCAGGCUCCCGCAAAAAAUAAUUGAUGCUGUGAAGUUAUACAUUUAUACACCAGAAGAAGCUUUCCGUUUUCCACUGAAGUUGGCAGUAUCUGGUGUUGUGGCAUUUAUAACCCUGUAUCAGAUUGGGAUACUACUGGCGCUCUGGCGCUUGAUCAUCACAGCCCUGUUCAACAUUGUUCACCUGGGACGAAUGGAUAUCAGUCUUCUUAACCGCAACGUGGAGUCAUUUGACCCAGCCUACCGUUGCUAUGCUCAUUAUCUGAAGAUUGAGGUGAACCAGUCUCACCCUGUGAUGAAGGCCUUCUGCGGGAUGCUGCUGCAGUCUGUGGGCCAGGAGAGCAACGCAUCACAAAGGUCACGGGAUGCUGAAGAGGGGAUCCAGCUGGUCCACCAGGAGAAGAAACAACACAAAGUGUCCAGUGCCAAGAGGGCCCGCGGGCACUGGCAACUCGUCUACACCCUGGUCAACAACCCUUCCCUGGUGAGCACCAGGAAGCACUUCCAGCAUCAGGGUGCAGAGAGCUUUCUGAAUGGAAGCCUCAAAUGGAGCACCAAGGAGGGGAACAAAAAGGAGACGGUGACCAAGGAGGUAGAGGCUGCUGGCAGCAACUGAAUAUGAAUGUGCCCCUGAAUAAGGAUCUGCUGCAAAGUCUGUCUCGUUUUGGGCAGAAUCUACUGUCAUAUUAUGUGUUCAUACAUAGAAGUGUCUGUAUUUGGUGAAAUAAGUGCACUUAUAGCUCAGUUUCUCAUGUAGAUAUUUUGUUUUUCUGAAAAUUGGGUUUACUUUGUGGUCUCUAUGUUCCCCUAUUUUAAAAGACAUUUUUAUAAUUUUUUUAAACGUGUGAGAGCAAUGUGAGAGAGGUCCAUGUGAAAGCUAAAGGUACUGAUGUUCCAUCUAAACACAUUCAUGUCAUUUUCAGCAGGUUUAUGUGCUGGGAUAGCACUGUUUGCAUUAUGCCUCAACCUGGUUAAUCACAUAAGUGUUAUUAUUAUAUAGGCUAGUGCAGAUAAUGUACAUUCAUAGUUUUCCAAACUAAACUAGUGGAUGUGAAACCCACUACCCAUUCAAAUAGGAUAUUUGUACGUAGAUCUUUUCACUAUUUAUGAAUUUUAAAAAUGAACUGUUUUCAUAAACAAUGUCAUAUAUUUUCUUUUUUCA